UUUUUUUUUUUUUUUUUUUUUUUUUUGCAGCGCUUGACGUGCAGGGUGGACCGGCGAGCGACACUAGAACACACGAGACCUCGUUCCGGACUAGUCGAGACUAAUUCGGACCCGGUAGCUCGUCGCUAACAGCUGUUCGCUACAGACGUAAAAAAAAAAUGGUCCGGAUGAUUCCGAACUCCAUCUCGCUUGUAAUUACCGUGCAGCUCCUGCAUUCAACUCUGAUUCCUGCACAGGCUGAAGAGGAGAGCAGAGAAUGCAAAGAGCAGGAGUACAAGGACCAGUUUGGGAAUUGUAAACCUUGCAAGCAGUGCGAUGCGGGACAGGAGCUAUCAAAGGAAUGCGGCUUUGGUUAUGGAGAAGAUGCCCGGUGUGUACCGUGCAGGACCAGUCGCUUCAAGGAAGACCGCGUUCUCCAGAAGUGUAAGCCGUGUCUGGACUGUGGACUCAUCAACCGCUUCCAGAAGAGCAACUGUUCUACGACCAGCAAUGCUGUGUGCGGAGAGUGCCUGCCCGGGUAUUACAGGAAGACAAAACUAAGUGGCUUCCAAGACAUGGAGUGCAUACCCUGUGGAGACCCCCCGCCUCAGUAUGAGCCUCAAUGCAGUGGGAGAGUAAACCUGGUGCCUCUGCCUUCGGUAGUGAGCAGUCCGCGUGACAUCGCCCUGGCUGCUAUCAUCUGCAGUGCUCUGGCUACAGUCCUGCUGGCCCUGCUGGUCCUGUGUGUCAUCUACUGCAAGAGGCAGAUGCUGGAGAAAAAACCCAGUGCGGCGUCUCUGAAGUCUGAGGACUGUCAGUACGGCGGUGCCGAGCUGUCCUGCCUGGACCCGCGCUGGCUCCAAGACUUCCCCCAGGGAGCCUACUGCCAGUGUCACCUUGCCCCAGGACACACAUUUGGUCAGGUCCACCUAAUCCCGUCACUUUGCUGCGAUCAGCGCUUCAGUCUGGACAACACACACUGCGGCUCGCACGCCAGCCUCAACGACAGAACCCCGGAGCAGGACAAAGAAUUUGCAGGGCAUGCUGAGUGCGCGUCCAUAGAGGCCAUCGCGGAGGGUUUCCAGAAUCCAGAAGACGACGAGGGCGGAUGCAGCUCGAGGGAGAGUUCCCCCGAGAGAAAGCCAAGGCGACAGCCGGUGUCGACCAGGGAGGGAUGAUCCACAUUGCUUUGGCUUCCAGCAGCCAAAACUCAGCAACAACAGCAGGGGCAGCAUCCAGAUCUCCUUUCACACGACUUGGCUGAACUCACCGCUCGAUCCCCCCUCGCUCCCUUUUAAUGCACUCCGGUUCAGUUGCAAGUCGUAGCUGACCACCAAGUACAAAGAAAAGCCACAAUGUGAAGCGACCCCAUGGAACAAAAGUGAAUGAAGUUCAAACGCGGAGGACGAUUGACUUGUUCGCACGUCACAUCUGAAAUUUGACUAUAAAGUUGUGACGCGUGGAAGGUAAAUUAACGUACUUUGAAGGCAAUCUUAUGAACACACAAGAGGCUUGUUCAAAUGACUUGUAGAUAAUGUACAAUAGUAAAUAGUUGCAUAUUUUUGUAACAUCGCCAGGACUGAGCACAUGCUGCAUUUGUAUGUGUUGAUGUUCUCUGUACUUGUUUUACAUCUUUGUAAAUAAAACACUUGAAGAGAAA